AUGGCUCCGACCGAGAACGGAACUGGUGAUAUUGAGAGAACGCGCAUCGGCAUACCCGGAACACUGAAUGGUGUCGAAGACGAAGAACGUAAGGAUCAUCACGAUCUCGAAGCACAACCACUUUCGAUCGAACUUGAAAGCGUAAAGUUACCAGCAACUACUGUGCCGAACAAACCAUUGACGAGUGUGUGCUGGAAGGAUGCAUAUCGCCAGGUGCUCGCUACAUGUUUGGUGAAUUUGAUCGUUGUGCAGGCGGGUAUUAACAUGACCUACUCAGCCAUACUUCUGCCACAGCUGUCCGAACCGGACAGUCCCAUCCUGAUAGGGCGUAAUGAAGCAUCCUGGAUAGCGUCGGUGGUGACAAUUGCCUUACCGCUAGGUUCGCUUGUCGUUGGUCAGCUGAUGGAUCAGUUUGGCCGCAAGAAGAUAUCGCUUGCAACCUGCAUUCCGUUUGCACUCGGUUGGAUCUUGAUUGCCGCAGCAUCGAACGUCGGCAUGAUAUACGUUGCUCGCAUCAUCUUGGGUACGUCCGGAGGUCUUACAACCGUGGCACUGGUGUACGUCAGUGAAAUUUCUCACGUAUCGUUGCGCCCGAUGCUCCUGUGCGCAAACAGUGUGUUUGUUUCGUUCGGGAUUCUACUUACCUGCGUUUUAGCGGUUUUCUUCGAUUGGCGAGCGAUAGCUUACAUAUUUGCUGGAUACUCUGUUGUAUCGUUCCUGUUGAUUCUGUUAAUUCCCGAGUCUCCACAUUGGCUAGUGACAUUCACAAAGAAGGAUCCUACGAAGGCGCGGAGCGUUCUUUAUUGGUUGUACCGUAAUAAGAAGUUAGCAGAGGAACAAUUUCAACAAAUCGCUGCAAAUACUACUGCGAUCCGUCAGCCUCACGUAACGACCGGGAAAGCAACGACUGCGAUCAGCACACUGUCGUUAAAAGUGUUUCUUCAGCCUCGAGUGUACCGGCCGAUGACCAUCCUGCUGCUAGUGUUUCUAUUCCAACAGCUUUCCGGUGCAUACGUACUCAUCUUUUACGCGCUGAAUGUAUUCCAACAGAUCAACGAAGCUACGUUGGAAGGCGAACAGGGAGCUACAUUCAAUCAGUACACUGCCCUGGUAGUCUUGGGCUUGAUACGCUUCAUCAUGUCUAUUAUAACGUCAGGCUGCUCGAGAAAGUACGGCCGCCGCCCAUUGCUUUGCAUCUCGGGACUGGCGAUGGGUGUAUGCAUGACAAUUGGAGGAUUAUAUCUCGAUCUGUUGCACAACCGUACGGGUAAUGCAGCGAUUGGCAGUUACGUCUUGCUGGCAUGCGUUCUUGGUUAUGUAUGCUUCAGCGCGCUCGGUUAUCUUGUGCUGCCCUGGACGAUGAUUGGAGAGCUGCUGCCCACAGAUGUCAAAGGAAAGCUUGGAGGGCUGACCGUUUCUGUGGCGUACGUGCUGAUGUUCGGUGUGGUCAAGAUCUUUCCUUAUCUGCUUGAGCAGGUUGCAAUACGUGGGAUUUUCUAUCUUUAUGCCGUCACGUGUUUUGCUGGAGUAGCCUAUAUUUAUUGUUACGUGCCGGAAACGUUUGGCAAGAGCUUUGCCGAGAUCGAGCAAUACUUUAAUGACAAACACCACCGACGAAGAGAGACCGCACAAACAUGUGCCACUUAGACAGUAGAAUCCGAUCCGGUUUAGUGAUACGCCUCUGUGUCUGUACGUAAGUUGUAUGCGUUUGGUUUUAUUUUAUAUAAAGGUAGGGUCAUGUUCGUACGUAUUGAUGUAACGAUUCAACUUGUACGACAAACUACAGCGGUGAUUGUGAGUUAGGGUAAUUUAACAUCGCAGAGUGAGUUGGUGGCGAUGAAACAAAUAAUAGUAGUCUUCCAAGUAACUUACUCGCUACCAUGCAACACAAAAGUACCUUGAGCCAAAGCCAAAAACAAACAGAAGUAAUAUAGCUAGAUUUGAAGGAAAAAGACAUGAAAUGAAUAUGUAAUGUAGUGGAUGUGGUAAGUGAUUUUUUUAAAGAAGGAAAACAAGACACGAAGACGGCGUCCAACACAAUUUAAACGUGUAUCCAUAACCGUUUUUAUCUUCAUAUACACAACGAGGUCAGUGGAAAUAUAAACAUAACAUGUUAAACCGUCGCAGAACUGCGUCUUUUGAUGUGGGCUGAACCAGACACGGUUGUAUUUAAUUAGUAAGAUAAAUUCAAUUGCUAUCUUAUCAGCGAGAGGAUCCGCUAGGUAAAGUGGAACAGCUAGAUCCUACAAAUUGUUGCAAAAAUGUUGCCAAUCGAGAUAAACGGUUAUUCUGCAACGGCUGUAUCGGAGAUUAUUUGCUAUGGGUGCGUUUCAUCCAUUGACAAAAGGAUUGGCAGGUGGUUUAUAUGUUGUUUUUUCAGCGUAAAUAAAAUAA